GACUUCUGUAGUGAGCUAACCGAUAAGUUCCUGUCAAGAGACGCCAAGCUAAAUAAUGCAUCUUAAAACCCUUUUGAGUGUAAUCUUUGUCCUGUGUUUGACCCUGGUUGCUGGCCAACAACGGGACUGUGAUGAAGUGGUCCGGAGGUGUGAAUCCUGUGUGAGGCGUCUGAAUAAUUCCGUCGAUCGCGAUCUGCCCAACUUCAAUAGGCAGUGCAGGGAAAGGACCCAAAGGAAUUGGCGCUGGAGGAAUGUAGGACGUUGUGAGCUCACCAAGCUGAACUGCUUGGGAUGGGAUAGGCGGAUGAGCUGUGCCGAAAUUGCUGAACAAGCUGGCAUGGAGCGCAGGAGGGACUGA